AGCACCGAUCGGCGCACUCUUUUUAAAUUCCCAGCGUCAAAAUUAGCCGUUACACUCUUACUUUUCUGCUUCUUUCUCCCCUUUCGCUUUUCUCCUCCAAUAGCCAUGGCUGCUUCAGUCUCUGUUGAUACUCCCUCUCCACCUCCUCUUACGAAGGAUCCCACUAGUUUAAUGGCUGCUUCUUCUUCAUCUCCACUCUUCAGCCCAGCUUCAGACAAGCGUUUUUGGAGCACCCUCCGUAGCCGGGUCGAUGCACUCAUUGGUGACCGGAAUGCCAAGAUCUCCGUCCAAAAUGUGGAUCCUUCUUUCCCUACGGAGAUCAAUUCAAGAGAAUCCAACAGAGCUAAGCGAUUGAAAGAGGAUUCAAUGCUCUUGCUUAGAGGGUUUGAUUCCAUCUCACAAACACUCUCUCAGCUAUCUAAUAACCUUGACAAUGCUCUUCAGGGAACUAGAGAGCUGGCUAAACCUCCAACGUUGACCGAUUUGUUUCAUAGUAAACUGAAGAAUUCGGAGACUAAAGAGGAAGACCCAAAGCAAAAAGGAAACCAAGAAGAGAGUAAGAUCGGUCUGAAAAGGAAGUUUGAUUACAGUGAGUGCUCAGAUGAUAAUAAAGGAGAUGAUGGUUCACAAAAGGAGAAUGAGCAAAGCCCCCAAAACAAGAAGAUGAUGAAGAAAACCAAAAAUCUUGCAAUUUCGAUGGCCACCAAGGCAGCUUCACUUGCCAGAGAGUUGAAGUCCAUAAAAUCUGAUUUAUGUUUUAUGCAAGAGCGUUGCAGUUUGCUAGAGGAAGAGAAUAGAAGGCUUCGAGAUGGGUUCACCAAAGGGAUCCGACCCGAGGAAGAUGAUCUGGUGAGGCUUCAAUUGGAAGCACUGCUAGCAGAGAAAUCAAGACUGGCCAAUGAAAAUGCAAACCUGGUGAGGGAAAACCAGUGCCUUCACCAGCUUGUAGAGUACCAUCAAAUGACUUCCCAAGAUCUAUCUGCAUCAUAUGAAGAAGUGAUAAGAGGAAUGUGCUUGGACUUCUCAUCUCCCAUUGCAGAAGAAGAGGAAAUCAAUGGAGGAGGGGAUAGUGAUGAUGCUGAUAAUAGAGUUACUCAAACACCUCGAACUGAUAUCUUUGGCAUAUCCACGUCCCUUGAUCACUACUUUGAUGAAGAACAGCAUUAGGUCACUCGCAAACCAAAUUAAGAAAUAAUUUUGUUAAUUACUGUGUCAAGUUUGAAGUAGGUUUUAAGAUUGUAUACUUUGCUUCCACUUCCAUCAAUCUUGGUGGAAGUUAUCAGUGUUUCCUUCUCAAUUGGAGAUGGUUAUCAUUGUCCUAUGAAUCUCAAAUAAUAUACAACUCUUGUUUUUGCAGAA